UCCAAGAUGGAGGAGGUUUUGUGAUGUUCCCCAGCAGCACUCAGAAGUGAUCCUUUUCCCGUCCGUGUCAGAUCAGUGCUCAGACACAGGGCGGAGGACGCCUUUUCCAAACCCUUCUGUCUGUGGGGGAAUUAAAGAGCAACUUUAGAUUUGGAUAGUAGUUUUUUUGUGUUUUUUCGUCAGCCAUGAGCUCGGGGGAAGGGGCCGAGGAGACGGCUAAGGACGCGGCCGAUAUAGCGACAUUCUUCAAAUCUGAUUGUGCGCUUAAAUAUGAGCCCAAAGCUGACGUCUCCAAUCAGAUAACAGGAUUUCGCAGGAAUGAAGAAAUGAAGGCGAUGGAGGUUUUGCCCAUUCUAAAGGAAAAAGUGGCCUUCUUAUCAGGGGGCAGAGAUAAGCGCGGCGGUCCAGUUUUAACAUUCCCUUCACGAACCAACCAUGACCGAAUACGACACGAGGAUCUUCGCAGACUCAUCGCCUACCUCGCCGGCAUCCCAAGCGAGGAUGUCUGCAAACAUGGCUUCACGGUCAUCGUGGACAUGCGUGGCUCCAAAUGGGAUUCCAUCAAGCCUCUGCUGAAGAUCCUCCAGGAGUCGUUCCCCUGCUGCAUCCACAUCGCCCUCAUCAUCAAACCAGACAACUUCUGGCAGAAACAGAGGACCAAUUUUGGCAGCUCCAAAUUUGAGUUUGAGACCACAAUGGUUUCUUUGGAGGGCUUAUCGAAGGUGGUGGAUCCGUCCCAGUUGACGGCUGACUUUGAGGGCAGCCUGGACUACAACCAUGAAGAGUGGAUCGAAAUCCGUGUGGCCUUCGAAGACUUUACAGGCAACGCUCGGCACCUGCUCGCCCGGCUAGAGGAGAUGCAUGAAACGGUGACACGUAAAGACUUACCGCAGGACUUAGAUGGAGCCCGACGGAUGAUAGAGGAGCACGCGGCUUUGAAGAAGAGGGUGAUAAAGGCUCCGGUGGAGGAGGUGGACAAUGAGGGUCAAAGGCUCCUGCAGAGGAUUCAGAGCAGCGAGAGCUACGCCAACCGAACUGUGCCUGUGCCGCCGGGGCAGAGGGAAGGGCAGGGGCAGCCCAAUGCCGACACCCAGGGCCUGGUGCCCCGUAUUACAGCCCUGCUGGAGAAACUGCACAGCACCAGGCAGAACCUGCACCAGUCCUGGCACAUCCGGAAGCUGCAGCUGGACCAGUGCUUCCAGCUCAGGCUGUUCGAGCAGGACGCUGAGAAGAUGUUUGACUGGAUCAUGCACAAUAAAGGGCUGUUUCUGGCUGGAUACACUGAGAUCGGUAACAACCACCCUCACGCCAUGGAGCUGCAGACCCAGCACAAUCACUUCGCCAUGAACUGCAUGAAUGUUUACGUGAACAUAAACCGCAUCAUGUCUGUGGGGAACCGGCUGCUGGAGGCCGGUCAUUAUGCGUCGCAGCAGAUCAAGCAGAUCUCAGGUCAGCUGGAGCAGGAGUGGAAAGCUUUCGCCGCUGCGCUGGACGAGAGGAGUGCUCUGCUGGAGAUGUCUGCUACUUUCCACCAGAAAUGCGACCAGUACAUGAGUAACGUGGACUCGUGGUGUAAAGCAUGUGGAGAAGUGGAUCUGCCCUCAGAGCUGCAGGAACUGGAGGACGCUAUACACCAUCACCAGGGCCUGUAUGAACACAUCACCGCUGCCUACUCGGAGGUACAGAGCCGCGCUUCUCCAAAUCACUACUCUGAAAGAGCCUUUAAGAGAACACAACUUGAAGUGAGCCAAGACGGAAAAGCCUUACUGGACAAACUUCAGCGCCCCUUGACGCCUGGCAGUGCUGAUUCGCUGACAGCUUCCGCCAAUUACACCAAGGCGGUGAACCAUGUUUUGGACAUCAUCCAUGAGGUUCUGCAUCACCAGAGGCAACUGGAGAACAUCUGGCAACAUCGCAAGGUCCGGCUGCACCAGCGUCUGCAGCUGUGUGUUUUCCAGCAGGACGUUCAGCAGGUUCUGGACUGGAUUGAGAACCAUGGCGAGGCGUUUCUCAGCAAACACACAGGGGUGGGCAAAUCUCUGCAUCGCGCUCGAGCGCUACAGAAACGCCAUGAAGACUUUGAGGAAGUGGCUCAGAAUACAUACACGAAUGCGGAUAAGCUGCUGGAAGCGGCGGAGCAGCUGGCCCAGACGGGCGAGUGUGACCCAGAGGAGAUCUAUCAGGCCGCUCAUCAGCUGGAGGACCGAAUCCAGGACUUUGUUCGGCGUGUGGAGCAGCGCAAGGUCCUGUUGGAUAUGUCAGUGGCUUUUCACACUCAUGUUAAAGAGCUGUGGACGUGGCUGGAGGAGCUGCAGAAAGAGUUGCUGGACGAUGUGUACGCCGAGUCUGUGGAGGCCGUCCAGGAUCUGAUCAAGCGUUUCGGGCAGCAGCAGCAAACCACACUGCAGUUCACUGUAAACGUCAUCAAGGAGGGAGAAGAUCUCAUUCAGCAGCUCAGAGACCUGGCCAUCUCCAGCAAUAAGACGCCUCACAACAGCUCCAUCAACCACAUCGAGAGCGUCCUGCAGCAGCUGGAUGAGGCUCAGGCUCAGAUGGAGGAGCUAUUCCAGGAGAGGAAGAUCAAGCUGGAGCUUUUCCUGCAGCUCAGGAUCUUUGAGCGGGACGCCAUUGAUAUUAUCUCAGAUCUGGACUCGUGGAAUGAGGAGCUGUCGCAGCAGAUGAAUGAGUUUGAUACAGAAGACCUGACGCUGGCUGAACAGAGACUGCAGCACCACGCUGAUAAAGCCCUGACCAUGAACAAUCUGGCCUUCCACGUCAUCCACCAGGGCCAGGAGCUGCUGCAGUACGUCAACGAAGUGCAGGCGUCUGGUGUGGAGCUGCUGUGUGACCGUGAUGUGGACAUGGCCACGCGUGUUCAGGACCUGCUGGAGUUUCUGCAUGAGAAACAGCAAGAGCUGGACGUGGCUGCAGAACAGCACCGCAGACACCUGGAGCAGUGUGUGCAACUGCGCCACCUACAGGCUGAAGUCAAACAGGUUCUGGGUUGGAUCCGUAAUGGCGAGUCGAUGCUGAAUGCAGGUCUGAUUACUGCCAGUUCUCUUCAAGAAGCCGAGCAGUUGCAGAGAGAGCAUGAGCAGUUCCAGCAUGCUAUCGAGAAAACCCAUCAGAGUGCCCUGCAGGUCCAGCAGAAAGCCGAAGCCCUGCUGCAGGCCAAUCACUACGACAUGGACAUGAUUCGAGACUGUGCGGAGAACGUGGCUUCACACUGGCAGCAGCUCAUGCUGAAGAUGGAGGACCGGCUCAAGCUGGUCAACGCCUCCGUGGCCUUCUAUAAGACCUCUGAACAGGUUUGCAGUGUGCUGGAAAGUCUGGAGCAGGAGUAUAAGCGUGAGGAAGACUGGUGCGGAGGAGCCGACAAACUGGGACCCAACUGUGAAACGGACCACGUCACACCCAUGAUCAGCAAACACCUGGAGCAGAAAGAGGCUUUCCUCAAGGCCUGCACGUUGGCCAGACGUAAUGCAGACGUCUUCCUCAAAUACAUGCACAGGAACAGCGUCAGCAUGCCGGGGAUGUUAAGUCACGUCAAAGCUCCAGAGCAGCAGGUCAAAAAUAUCCUGAAUGAGCUGCUGCAGAGGGAGAACCGUGUGCUGCACUUCUGGACCAUGAGGAAGAGGAGACUGGACCAGUGUCAGCAGUAUGUGGUGUUUGAACGCAGCGCCAAACAGGCUCUGGAGUGGAUCCACGACACUGGCGAGUUUUAUCUGUCCACACACACGUCCACCGGCUCCAGCAUACACCACACACAGGAGUUGCUGAAGGAGCAUGAGGACUUCCACAUCACAGCCAAGCAAACCAAGGAGCGAGUGAAGCUGCUGAUUCAGCUGGCGGAUGGUUUCUGUGAUAAGGGUCACUCUCACGCCGCUGAGAUUAAGAAAUGGGUGACGGCGGUGGACAAACGCUAUCGAGAUUUCUCGCUCCGCAUGGACAAGUACCGCAUAUCACUAGAGAAAGCACUCGGCAUCUCGUCAGACUCCAAUAAAGCAAGUAAAGACCUUCAGCUGGACAUCAUCCCCGCCAGUGCUCCGGGGUCAGAGGUCAAACUCAGAGACGCUGCUCAUGAGCUCAAUGAGGAGAAGCGCAAGUCUGCCCGCAGGAAGGACUUCAUCAUGGCUGAGCUGAUCCAGACAGAAAAAGCGUAUGUGCGAGACUUGAGAGAGUGCAUGGACACGUAUCUGUGGGAGAUGACCAGCGGCGUGGAGGAGAUCCCCCCAGGCAUCGUCAACAAAGAGCACAUCAUUUUUGGUAACAUGCAAGAUCUGUACGAGUUCCAUCACAAUAUAUUCCUCAAAGAGCUGGAGAAAUACGAGCAGCUUCCUGAAGAUGUGGGCCACUGUUUUGUGACGUGGGCUGAUAAGUUCCAGAUGUAUGUGAACUACUGCAAGAACAAACCAGACUCCACUCAGCUUAUUCUUGAACAUGCUGGAGGAUACUUCGACGAGAUCCAGCAGAGGCAUCGCCUGGCUAACUCAAUCUCCUCAUACCUCAUCAAACCCGUUCAGAGAAUAACCAAAUACCAGCUACUCCUCAAGGAGCUCCUGACAUGCUGCGAGGAAGGUAAAGGUGAAAUCAAAGAUGGCCUGGAGGUGAUGCUCAGUGUUCCCAAAAGAGCCAACGACGCCAUGCACUUGAGCAUGCUUGAAGGGUUUGAUGAGAACAUCGAGUCCCAGGGAGAGCUGAUCCUGCAGGAGGCGUUUCAGGUGUGGGAUCCCAAAACUCUGAUCCGCAAGGGAAGAGAACGACACCUUUUCCUCUUCGAGAUGUCACUGGUCUUCAGCAAGGAGGUCAAAGAUUCCAAUGGCAGGAGCAAGUACAUCUACAAGAGCAAGCUUUUCACCUCUGAACUGGGUGUUACUGAGCAUGUCGAGGGAGAUCCAUGCAAAUUUGCUCUCUGGGUUGGACGAACUCCAACUUCUGACAACAAGAUUGUCCUCAAGCUAAGUCAGGGAUGCAAACAUGGAUCAUUGGCGUCCGGUAUUGAGAACAAACAGGACUGGAUCAAGCACAUCCGGGAAGUGAUUCAGGAGCGCACCGUUCACCUGAAGGGGGCGCUGAAAGAGCCCAUUCACAUCCCCAAAGCCUCCACAGCCAAACACAAGGGGCGCAGGUACACCCCAAGAGAUGGAGAGGAUCUGGACAGUCAGGGUGACGGCAGCAGUCAACCAGACACCAUCUCACUGGCCUCCAGGACCUCACAGAACACACUGGACAGCGACAAGUUGUCUGGUGGCUGUGAGCUGACGGUGGUCAUCCAUGACUUUAUGGCCGGUAACAGUAAUGAGCUGACGAUCCGGAGAGGACAGACGGUGGAGGUGCUCGAGAGACUUCAUGAUAAGCCGGACUGGUGUUUGGUUCGCACCACAGACCGUUCGCCGGCGCUGGAGGGCCUGGUGCCCUGUGCCAUGCUCUGUAUCGCCCACUCACGCAGCAGCAUGGAGAUGGAGGGCAUCUUCAACCACAAAGACGCGCUCUCUGUGUGCAGUAAUGAUGCCAUCAUGCCAGGCUCCUCUGCCACCCUGCAGCCGGGUCAUGUGAUGGGCUCCCAGAGUUCUCCUGGGCCCAAACGGCCUGGAAACACGCUAAGAAAAUGGCUGACCAGUCCUGUGAGGAGACUGAGCAGCGGUAAAGCUGACGGGCACGUUAAGAAACUGGCACACAAACACAAGAAGAGCCGUGACGUCAGAAAGAGCGCAGAUGCCGGUUCACAGAAAGACUCAGACGACAGCGCUGCCACACCACAGGAUGAGACUCUCGAGGAGAGGGUGCGUAAUGAGGGUCUGAGCAGCGGCACGCUCUCCAAAUCCUCCUCUUCAGGGAUGCAGAGCUGUGGAGAGGAAGAGGGAGAGGAAGGAGCGGACGCUGUGCCUCUUCCUCCACCAAUGGCCAUCCAGCAGCACAGCCUCCUCCAGCCAGACGCGCAGGAUGACAAGACGUCUUCACGUCUCUCCGUCAGACCCUCCAGUUCUGAGACCCCCAGCGCCGCAGAGCUCGUCAGUGCCAUUGAGGAGCUUGUCAAAAGCAAAAUGGCUCUGGAGGACAGACCCAGCUCUCUGUCAGUGGAGCAGGGCGACAGCAGCAGUCCUUCAUUCAACCCGUCUGAUAACUCUCUCCUGUCCUCCUCCUCUCCAAUCGAUGAGAUAGAGGAACGCAAGACCGGCUUCUUCAAGAGACGCCAUUACGUCCUGCUGGAGCUGAUCGAGACAGAGAGAGACUAUGUGCGAGAUCUCAGUUUGGUCGUGGAGGGCUACAUGGCCAGGAUGAGGGAAGACGGUGUUCCAGAUGAUAUGAAAGGAAAAGACAAGAUCGUUUUUGGAAACAUUCAGCAGAUAUAUGACUGGCACAAAGAUUUCUUCCUGGGAGAGCUUGAGAAGUGCCUUGAGGACCCUGACCGGCUGGGCCCUCUCUUCCUCAAACAUGAGCGAAGGCUGCACAUGUACAUUGUUUACUGUCAGAACAAACCUAAAUCUGAACACAUCGUCUCAGAGUACAUCGACACAUAUUUUGAGGAUCUGAAGCAGCGUUUGGGUCACAGGCUUCAGAUCACUGAUCUGCUCAUUAAACCUGUACAGAGAAUCAUGAAGUACCAGCUGCUGCUUAAGGAUUUCCUCAAAUUUUCCAAAAAAAUUGGAACAGAUUCGAUUGAAUUAGAGAAAGCGGUUGAGGUCAUGUGCAUUGUACCAAAAAGAUGCAACGACAUGAUGAAUGUUGGUCGACUCCAGGGGUUUGAUGGAAAGAUUGUUGCUCAGGGGCGUCUCCUACUCCAGGACACCUUCAUGGUGGCCGAACCAGACGGAGGCCUGCUGAACAGGAUGAAGGAGAGGAGAGUCUUCCUCUUUGAGCAAAUCGUCAUCUUCAGUGAACCGCUAGAUAAAAAGAGGGGCUUCUCCAUGCCUGGCUAUUUGUACAAAUACAGCAUCAAGGUGAGCUGUCUAGGACUUGAGGACAGUGUGGACGGAGACCCCUGUAAAUUUGCACUGACCUCCAGAACGUCCAACAGCAGCAAAGAGGCCUUUAUUCUGCACUCGAGCCAUCCUGGAGUACGACAAGUCUGGAUGCUGCAGAUCAGCCAAAUCCUGGAGAGCCAACGCAAUUUCCUCAAUGCACUUACAUCUCCUAUAGACUACCAGAGGAACCACGUGGAGGGCCCUGGUGUGUCAGGCAGCGGUGUACAGGCUGGAGGCAGCGGGGGGCAGAUGAUGGCCCCUGGAGGAGGCGGAGGGGUCCCGGCUGGGCCGGGGUCCCGUUCUCGUCCAUCCCGUAUCCCCCAGCCCUCGCGCUUGCCUCAACCGCUCCGUCAUCACUCUCCCGCCCUGGGGCCCGGAGCCCACGAGCAUGACGGCCCCGACAAACUAUCAGGUAUGUCCCCAAGACCUCUCUCCAGGGGUCCCUCACCCUCAUGCACCACAGAGCCCGAACCAAAGGUGAAGCUACCUGCGAGCCCUCACCCCAAACAGACGGACUCUACAGAAAUCCCACCCAAAGAGAUCCCACGAGCCACUGUGGCCCCGCUGGCCCUUGUCAAACCCAGACCUGGAACGGUUUCUCCAAUGGCCUCUCCGUUAGCCACACCUGCUUUCAAAGACUCCAUUCCACCCUGCAGUCCCGGCCCGAAGACUGGCAGCAGCUCAUUCUGGAGCUCAGUUCCCGCGUCCCCCGCCAGCAGGCCCGCUUCCUUCACCUUCCCUGGGGACGCCUGUGACACGCUGAGCCGACCAAAUCACAACCAGAGUCAGCGGCACUCCACGCACAGUAAAGACGCAGACCGUAUGAGCACCUGCUCCUCUACCAGUGAGCAGUCUAUCCAGUCCACUCAGAGCAACGGGAGUGAAAGCAGCAGCAGCAGCAAUAUCUCCACCAUGUUGGUGACUCAGGACUAUGUGGCUCUGAAAGAGGAUGAGAUUAAUGUGGGUCAGGGGGAGGUGGUGCAGAUCCUGGCCUCCAAUCAGCAGAAUAUGUUCUUGGUGUUUCGCGCCGCUACUGAGCAGUGUCCUGCCGCCGAGGGCUGGAUCCCCGGAUACGUGCUGGGACACACAUCCGCCAUCAUCCCCGACAUUUCAGACGGAACCAUAAACAGGAAAUCAUCAUCAUCAUGGCACACAUCCCUCCGUAUUCGAAAGAAGUCCGAGAAGAGAGAGAAGGACAAUAAAAAAGAGGCCAAGCUGGAAAACGGCUACAGAAAAUCCAGAGAGGGACUGACCAACAAGGUCUCUGUGAAGCUUCUAAAUCCCAAUUAUAUCUAUGACGUUCCCCCGGAGUUCCUCGUCCCGCUGAGUGAAGUGACCUGUGAUAAAGGCGAGUGUGUGACUCUGAGGUGUAAAGUGUGUGGUCGGCCCAAAGCCACGGUCACGUGGAAAGGACCCGAGCAGAAAACGCUCACCAACAACGGCCACUUCAGCAUCGCCUACAGUGAGACUGGCGAAGCCACGCUGCGGAUCGUCGGUGUGACCUCGGAGGAUGAUGGCAUGUACACUUGCAUUGCCACGAAUGACAUUGCCAGUGUGACAUCAUCAGCCAUUCUCAGAGUGCUGGGCACGACCAGCGAUGGGAUCCGGGUCAUGUGGAAGGACAACUUUGAGUCCUUCUACACCGAGGUAGCAGAGCUUGGCAGGGGACGGUUCUCUGUAGUGAAACGCUGUGAUCAGAGGGGGUCAAAGCGGACCGUGGCGGUCAAGUUUGUCAAUAAGAAACUGAUGAAGCGAGACCAGGUGACCCAUGAGUUCAGUGUCCUACAGAGACUCCAACACCCUCAUCUGGUCAGACUGCUGGACACCUUCGAGACCUCCAGCAGCUACGCACUGGUCCUGGAGAUGUCUGAUCAGGGCCGUCUGCUGGACUACAUUGUGAGCUGGGGGAAUCUCACUGAGGAGAAAGUGGCCUUUUACCUCCGGGACAUUUUAGAAGCUUUGCAGUACCUGCACAACUGCAGAAUAGUCCAUCUGGAUCUAAAGCCUGAGAAUCUGGUGGUGGAGCAGAGCCCGUCUCAGCCGCUGGUCAAGCUGACGGACUUCGGCGAUGCUGUGCAGCUCAACUCCACGCCGUACGUUCACCCUCUGCUGGGGAGCCCGGAGUUCGCAGCCCCUGAGCUGGUCCUCGGGGACCCUGUCUCUCUGUCCUCCGACCUGUGGAGUCUGGGGGUCCUGACGUACGUCAUGCUUAGCGGAGCGUCUCCGUUCCUGGAUGAGAGCGUGGAGGAGACUUGCCUCAACAUCUGCCGCUUGGACUUCAGCUUUCCUGAUGACUACUUCCAGGGCGUGAGUCAGGCGGCGCGUGAUUUUAUGUGCCUGCUGCUCCGGAUAGAGCCGUCCAAGCGUCCACCAGCCACCUCAUGUCUACAGGAGCCCUGGCUGAGAGCCGGCGGGGGCCGACGUUCAGCCGAAUGCAUCGAUACCUCCAGACUGAUCUCCUUCAUCGACCGACGCAAACACCAGAACGACCUGCGGCCUCUCACUGGCAUCAGAGCCUUCCUGCAGACUCGAUUACAGCCCAGGAUCUGAGCCAAUGAAAUAAUCUCAUCCUCUUUCUGAUGCCUUCAGUCCUGAGCCAAUCAAAAUGUGUGAGCAUAUCAGAGCCUUGAUUUGCUGCUGCUGCUGCCUCCUUUCCAGACUUGUAAGCAGAGAUUAAAACCAUUUAAAUAUAAAUAUAUAUAUAUGGAAAUCAAAUAUUUCUCCGAUUUGCUGAAUGAUCAACAAAUCUACGUAAAAGGACUCUUAUUUUGUGUGUGACCUGCACAAGAGGUUUUUAAGGAAAGCGAUGCAAAUGCCAUUUUAGCGGAGAACAACUUUGUUUUGCCCUUUUGUUUUGCCUGAGCCAGACAGCGAGCGGCUUCUUCUCUGCUUUUAUUUUGUUUGUUUUUUCUUCCAGUGUUCGACAUUUCGUAGAGCGCGUAAAUAAACCACGUUUUCAGGUACAUCUUUCAAUAAAAACAAAAAAAAAUAACAAAAAACAUGAAUGAGCGCAAUUAAAAUGCCGUUUUAAGUGAAAGCUUGUUUUGGUCUACUAGUGUAAUUAGUUGCUUAAUUCAACGACGACGAUGGUGAUGAUGAUGAUGAUGAUAUUUAGCUGCGAAAUUUUUACCGAAUGCAAGUUAAAUUUGUUUCGCUGGUAACGCUUCAUAAUAACUACACACUAUCAAUCAUUUAUUAAGCAUUAGCAAAUAGUUAAUGCAGUAUUUGUUAAGGAUAAACUCUCCAUUAUAAGAUGUUAGUAAGCAGUUUAUAAAUACAGCUACAAAUGCUCUAUUAUUGACUUAUAAGGGUUUAUAACAUGCUUAAUGAUUGUAUUUUCAUACUUUGUUAAUGAUUACAUUUAAAACACAGGUCUCAAACUGGAUUCCUGGAGGGCUGCAGCUCUGCACAGUUUUGCGCUAACCCUAAUCAAACACAGCUGCUCCAGCUAAUCAAGGUGUUCAAGAUCACUAGACACUAUUAAGCAGGUGUGCGUUGUAGGUGGUUGGAGCUAAACUAUGCAGAGCUGCGGCUCUCCAGGAUUUGCGCUUGAGACCAUUGAUUUAAAGUAUUAAAUUUUAUUUUAUUUUUCUUACAAACUAGUUAUUAAAGAAUAGUUGGUGCUAUUUUAAGAUCAUUCAGAAUGCGUAAGUAAAUGUGCUUAAUGAUUGUGUUUUCAUACUUUAUUACUUAAUGAUAUUCAUCUAUGUUCAUUACUUAAAAUUAUGCAUUACUUACAAACCAUUUGUAUUUACGAAUAGUUGGUGGCUUUUGGAAUCAUUCAGAAUGAGCUAGUUAACGGUUAAUAACCUAUGCAAAUCAACUAUUAUAUAUCUUAUUAUUCAGGCAUAUAGUAAUAGUUACUAUGUAUGCUAAUAAAAGCUUUAUUAAGUCAACUUCAUGCAGUUGUGUGACCUAAUCUAUAGUGAGGACUAUUCAUGCUUUAUAAAUCGCUUGUCAAUGACAGUUAAAGGCUCGGUAUCAAGCGAACAAUACAAUCUAAGAAAUAAAAUUACUGUAAAGAUUAAAACCUUGCCAAAUGACAGUAGUGACAAAACAAUCAAGUAAAUAAAAUUGGAUAAAACAAUACCGAUAUGUUAAUUUAAACAUUUAUUAUGACACAACAUUUCUAAGUUAUUUAGCGACGUUUACACUAGUCAUUAGAUUUAUUGGAAACACUUUAGUUUAGAUCACUAUCAACUGCUGGCUCAUUACCUGCCUAUUAUUAAGAUAUGAACUGUUCUUCAGUAGUUACAAAGUAUGAUCUCAUUCUGCAUCCUGAAUCCUUCCCAAACCCUAAAGUCAACCUCUACUUUAUUAACCAUUAGUAAACAGUUCAUUAGUAGUUUAUUAAACUAGUAAUGUUAGUUAAUGAUCUGUUAAUACCAUCAAUUGUGACCGGGAGUUAGGACGAUUCUAAGGGCCCACAUACUUAGGGGGCCCCCAGAGAUUUAGGGGCCCACGAACCCCCCCACCCUGGCUCUUCAUUUUGGUCCACGAAUCACCCCCCACUCCCGACAGACCCAACCCCCCCACACGCCUGGUCUUCACUUUGGUUUGCGAUUAUUCCACAUGAUUUGGUCAGCAAUUUACCCCAACCCCCCACUUCAUUUGGUCCCUAUCAUCCCCCACCCGCCCACUCUUUAACUUUGUUCCGUGAUUCAACCCCUACAUACCCCCUCCGCCUCAUCACUUUGGUAUGCGAUAACCCCACGUCCUCUGCUUUACUUUGUUUUAUAAUUCAGCCCCCACAUACCCCCCCCCCCCCCCCCAUUACUUUAGUCCGACAUUACCUCACUUCAACAAACACCCCCAACUUCAUUUGGUCCGCGAUUACCCCAUAACAAACCCCACCCCACCGCUCUUUCUUUUGGUCCCUGAUACUACAACACGCCCCCCCAACCCUUUCCCACCCGCCCAUGUUUUACUUUGGUCCGUGAUUCAACUCCCGGCCCUCCCGCUCUUCAUUUUGGUCCAUGACCCCCACCACCCACUGCUCAUCCAUCUACCCCCCCCCCACCCCCCUCUUCACUUUGGUCCACAAUUAGCCCACUUCCCCAACUCCCAAAUCAAGAAUAGAGCAUUUGAAUCUGUAUUUAUAAACUGCUUACUAACGUCUAUUAAUGUAGAGUUAAUACUUAACAAAUAAUGGAUGAACUAUUUGGUAAUGCUUAAUAGAUGAUUCAUAGUGUGUGGUUAUUAUGAAGUGUUACCAUUUUGUUUAUUUACUACGACUAGAACAAAUUGUGUUGUGCAAUCUACAGAUGUAUACGCCUUAUUCUAUACUACACGUCUGACUUUUCUUUUUCGUUUUUAAUAUCGAUGGCGGUGUAAGCCAUACGGCGGCAGGACGGCAUCGAACAAUGACUGAAUACUGUAAACGCACUCCUUUCUGGUUCUUUCCACGUGCAAUGUUGCAGCUUCGACAGUUUAUGCGACUAUUUAUUAAAGACAUCCGUUAAACCUUUAAUAAAAAACGUAGAAUCGGUUCUGCUGUUAUUUAUUGAAGCUGGUCUUUUCGGUUAAGUAUUAAACGGCCUGUCCUCUUGGCACUUACGCUAGUCACUUUUCUGUUGAGAUAUAUGCCAAAGCUCUCCCUGCUUUAUGAGAAUUCGUUUUUCUAUUUCUGUUUCAGUCUUCGAAACUCUUAUAACGCUUCAUAGAUGUGACCGGUUGUUUACAUAGCUUUACAUUGGGAUGAAUUGUUUAGUUUUUUGAUUCGGUGUCCGUUUUAUUGACAUUUCAAAGAUUUGUUUGGUUUUUCGAAUGCGAAACGCACCUCCCGUUUAGACUAGAUAUGGAAGUAAUUUCAAAAUAGCAGGAUAUCAUGAACAAAUAAUGUGAAGCCUUUAAAUUAUGAUAUUUAUCUUGUCAUAUUGAUAGUUUAAGGUCCUUUUUUAGCUCCGAGGUUAGUCGUAAGAUGCUCUUGACUUUUUUUAUGGUCACUGUGGUGAUAUUGCAGUUUGUAAACAUUGGCCUCUUGCUCGCGUCCUCCAUCAUUUUUUUUUAUUUUCAUUUUUAUAUUUUGAGGCGUAUGAAAUGUUUCGAGCGGUGGACGGCGACACUUUCCCCGUAGGAAUUGUUGAUUUUCAUCUGUACAGACCCAUAUCAUGUCCCCUAAUUUAUUUGCCAUUGUAAAGUUGUACAGAUGCCUUUACAGCGUGGGAACUUGGACUGGAUACUUUUUUUUUCUUCUCUCUCAUUGAAUGUCUGAUUUUAGUUCUGAUCACAUUGUAUUUUUAAUGUAUGUAUUAUCAUUUUAGACUCGUUUUAUUUUGAUUCUUUUAUACUUUCGUUUUUUCUGCAUGUGUAUAUUUCUUUGUACAGAAACCAUAAGUGUUUACGCGAUAUGUGCUGUAAAUAUCUUCAGUUUUGUCAUCGGUUAUUUUGGAAUUAAACAUAUUGAACAUG